CAAGGAAAGGCAGUUAGUUUCAUCCCUCUUUCUCGAACACAAGAAACAUGCAGUCUCAGGUCAUCAUUGUCCUUCUGGGCUUAGUAGCCCUCGUCGCAGCUGACAGCCGGGAAGUAUAUUCCUACGCUGCCCCUAGAGCACCACCAGCUUCCUCGGAGGAAUCCUUCGAAUCUAGCGAAGCUAAGUACAGCUUUAGCUGGGCUGUGAGCGACGAGUCUUCAGAGAACGACUUCGGACACCAAGAAUCCCGCGACGGAGAUGACACCCAGGGAUCUUACUACGUCCAGCUUCCCGACGGGCGCCUCCAGAAGGUGUCCUACCACGUCGACGGCGACGACGGAUACAUGGCCGAAGUCACCUACGAGGGAGAGGCUCAGUUCCCCGAUUCCGUCGAAUCCGCGGAGUUUGUCGAGGCUCCGAGAUACGCUCCACCAAGGCCUCGCUAUUCAGCUCCAGAUUCCAACGAGUCUAAAUAAAUCUAUUAUCUCGAAGGUCUACGAAAUGUAACUUUAUUCCGCUUGAUUCCACGCUGGCUGACAUUCUUGAUUAAUUUAUUGUAUAAACUAAUCAUUAUUUAUGUAAAUAAAUCUUUUAGCAAGGAA